CUUCUUCUUGGAAACUCUGGUCUCGGAGAUCGGCGUUCAAGAAUGGAGGCUUCGAGCGCGGUUUCCCGUCCAAUUUCCCGCCUUCCUUUUACUGAAAAGCGGUUUUCGGUCCCCCACAAGCCCUUUCGUGUCAAGGUAUCCCUCGAUUGCCCUUCAGUUUCGGUCCCCACCAAGCGGUUUUCCGGCAAUCUGAGGCUUGUUAAGGAGGAGUGGACGGUGUCUAGGCUCUGCAAAAACCCCUUUUCGAAGGGUUAUGGUGGUUUAGGAUUUUCUGAUGCCAGUCAUGUUAUGUAUUAUUGUGAGGGAGCAACGUGUAGGAGCAACGUGAAGGAGGAGAAGAAGAGGAAGAAGUUGCUUAAGGGAUUGGAAAAGGAUUUAUUUUCGUUUUCUGGGAUGUUUAAUGGUGCUGAAAUUGAGGGCAAUUUGGCUGGUGAAGUUAAAGGAAAGAUGAUAUCGGAAGCAACAAAUGUUUUGCUGACUCAGCUGCAACAACUGAAAGCAGAACAAAAGGAAAUUAAGAAAAGGAGGAAAGCCAUGAAAGCAGCUCAGAAAGAGAUGAGGUCUCCUCGAGAGGCCGUGGACUCUUCGUCCUCUUCCUCAGAAUCAAGUGACAGUGAGUGUGAGGUGGUCACCAUGAAUCGCUUAAGAAACUCUCUUCUCACGAAACCCAGCCCAGAUCCCCAAGCCCCUGUUGAAGAAGCAACACUUUCUCUAACUGAAUCUGAACCUGUUGAAGAAACAACACUUUCUCUAACUGAAUCUGAACCAAUUCUCCUCUACCCAGUUCAAGAACUAUCAAUUCCAGCCCAACUUGAAAAAUCAGCAGUCUCUUCUGCGAUGAACCAAAUCCGAAAUAAACCUGCAGAGACAUGUUGUAGUGGCAGCCCUCUUCAUUGUAGUGGCAGCCCUCUUCCCACAGCAGCUGUUGAAUCAAUUGGAGGAGAGAGAAUGGAGGAAAAAGGAGAGAGAAUACAAGUUUGCAUGGGAGGGAAGUGCAAGAAGUCGGGGGCAGCAGAGCUAAUGGAGGCCUUCCAAAGGAGUUUGGGCUCCCAGGGUUCAGUUGUUGGGUGUAAAUGCAUGGGCAAAUGCAAGGAUGGGCCCAAUGUGAGGGUCUCAAGCAACAAUGGAGAAGAGGGUGUUUUGAAGGCUCUUUGCAUUGGUGUUGGAUUGGAGGAUGUGGGUUCUAUUGUGGCAAACUAUUUGGGGGGAAACAAGGAUGUGGGUUUGGUUGCGGCAUGAAAAAGAUCUUUGGCGUUUUUUGUUUUUCCCCUCUCUAUUUGCUGGCUAUUGUUGCAGCAUGAAAAAGAUCCAUUGUUUCUUCUUCUGUUUGUUGUGUUUUGUUGCAGCAUGAACAAGAUUUCUGGUUUCUUCUUCUCUUUGCAUUAAGGGGAAACCAAGUGUUGGAUUAUUUUGUUGCAGCAAGAAAAGGAUUUGUUAUUUUUCUUCUCUCCGUAUUGGUUGGUGUAAAUAUGGACAUAAGGGAUCGUUCUUCUCUUUAAAGUUUAAACUAAAUUGUAUUUUCAAGCAAUUGUGGUACAAGGCAUCAAUAAGGAAUUGUGAGAGCAAUUAAAGG